AUGGAGAAUUCCCGUCUCCCAAUGGAUGAAUGGCACAACACCAGCCACGUCGCGCCCCUAAAUCACACGACCAAAAGCAUCAUACAACCUAUGAAGGUGGAAGGAAUGGGAGUGCACCAAGUUCUCCGUUUUUCACCAGGUGCCACAGUACUGCUUGUUCCGCCAGAAGAUGCAGUUGUGAGGCAUUAUCGACUCACAAGAAGGGUGGACGUAUUUUCUGAAGGAAGCGGAGACGUUUGGGUCUUUUGA